GUUUUCACAUCUGAAUAGGUAAUAUUUUCAUCUUUAGUUUAUGAAUAAAAAAUCACAAAAUUGAACGAUCAAAAAACGAAUUUGUAUGCAGAUAACAUAAUUAAAGCUAAUAAUUUCUAGGCAAGAAGAAUAAUUAAAAAUUCUUCACCCGACAAUUGAAUGGAUAAUAGUAUCGAGUUUCUUGAAAUUGAGAAAGAUUCUGGGAUGGAAUCGGUGACUUCUUCAAAAGAUGAAACUCCUGAAAGAAAAAAUGAAAUUAUCGAGGCAACAGACGAAUACGAAGAUGAACCCGACGAAACAUUAGGUGAACGGUUAUGGGGAUUAACAGAAAUGUUUCCCGAUCCUGUUCGUAAUGUAACCGAGUCUGCUGUUGAUUUGUCUGUUCGAACCGUUGUAAGCUUAUAUAAAUUCGCUUGUGCUUCCUCUUGGAUCUUCUUCACAAGUAGUAUGAUCCUUUUCGCCCCGGUCUUAUUUGAAACAGAAAGAGCUCAAAUGGAGGAAAUGCAAAAGAGUCAACAGAAACAAGUGUUACUUGGAACGGGACCAACUAGUAAUAUGCCUCCCAUUCCUCGAUAAAUAUGCAGGUAGAAUUUCAAUCAUACAUAAAAGUUAUGAUUCUAUAUAGCGAAGGCGUAAUUUUCUCAAACCAUUCAAAAGAAAACGAAAAUCUGAUGCAUUUCAAUUUAGAAAAGAUUUCAAAGAGUUUCUUUCAAUUUCACCUAAAAUAAAUAAAUAAAGUUGUAACAGUAAAAAUGAAAAUUAUUUAACUC